GGUGUGGUUGAGACGCGACUCUGGCGCUGGAUCGUGUUGUAUGUGUAACGGUAAGUAGUGUUGUUGCGUGGAAUUGGUAAGGCAUGCAGUGUAAUUGGGGGAAUAAAAUGAAGCGCGCGAGUUGUAUUAAAAGCAUAAUUAACUGGUUUUAUUUAUUUUUAUUUUGCCAUGAAUCAGGAAAACACAAAACACAUGGAAGACGGACAGAAAGACAUAACGGAUUAGUUAGUAGUCGUACAGCAACUUACUGUACAGCGGACCACCGGCCACUGUCCGUCCGGUAGCCCAAAAAACGAAAUGAGCUGGUGGAGGCCUGUGCGCCACUGCUGCACCCUUCGAUCUGGGCACCAUCUCCCCCUGCGUGGCGGGCUAACGCUUUUAGCGCCCGCGUGGAAAUGCUUAGCCUUGCGUUUUACAGGGUGAGCUGUCCCCCUGACAGAACACUAAGAUUGGACCGAUCACUCGCAAGCACGGUUUGCUUUGGGCCAGGUGUGCCGAGGCAGGCUGGCUCUCUGUAAGUACUGCAUAGUACGUGCAGUUGAGACUCACAAGCUCUCCAGCCGUCAAGUGGCCCUGUCGAGACACUGAGUUACAAACUUUCUUUUUUAAGAAACAUACAAUACUAGUGGCAAGUGAUCACUGAAUCGAUAACGACCGUUUUUCUUCUGUAUUUAAGUUUGAGAUAUAUUGUUUUGUUGUCUAUGGUUGAGGUGCGUCCUCUGUACCUCGCUCCUAGCUUUGCCGUCGCUUACACGAAAUCUGGCUCUCGCUUACACCCAUAUCUAUACUUACGUAGCUUGUUUCUUUUUUUUUUUCGGGGUUUUUGCGAGUACGUAUGUUAACCACUCGAUUGGUCCAUUUCUCGCUAUUCCAUUUGAAUAUAUACUUGUUUUCUAGAUGUAAUCUGAUUCCUCUCCUUGCGGCAUGCAAGCAACCGCCUUAGAUGCUCUCAGAGACACGUUCAGAGUUCUUCUGGCAGGUGUCAACGGUAUCAAAGGCAAACUUUCCAAAGCGUUCACCGCUGCGCAUCCAGUCCUGCUCGUUGCCAAAGUCGAGAUCGGCAACCUGAGGCACGGCUGCAGCGUGCGCAACAAUAGCAGGGCCAUGCUGGGGCCAGUUGCGACGAGCACAGGUCUCGCCCUUGGACUUCAUGUCCCAGUACGAGAAGAAGAGAGGGCAGUAGCUGGCGUGUAGGCUGCCACCGCCCUUGACGACAAUGAAGAUCAGACCGCUCUCAGUGCACUCCUUCAUGUAUUCGCACGACAUCUUCAUGUAACCACGGUCGCUUGUGGAACACUCCUUGGCAAUCUCGCCGUAGAUACCGGCAAUCUUGGCGCGUGAAGUAGGAUCAGACUUGCCGAACCACUUGUUCAGGACCUUGUCAUCGGCGGUGUUGGCCUGGUGCGCAGCCUUGAGAGCAUACUCACGGCAGUCGUUGAAGGCAACGCCGACGGGCAUCUUCAGGUACUUGCAAGUUUCAUCAGCAAUGAUGUUAGACUGGGGAGCUGUGGCGUGUUAGCAAUCUAUUGCACCUCUACGACCUUUACAGGACGUCUCGUAUUGGAUCAUCAUAAUAAUCAGAAGCUAGACUUACGAGCCUCGUAGUUGCCGUAGGACAUGGUGCCGUUGCUGUACAUUCUCACGGCAUAGUUGUCGGACAGGGCUGUGGGAGCUUCGUUGGGAGUCGAGGGAGCCGCAAUGGCAACACCAGCGAGAGCAGCGAAAGCGAUUUGGCCCUUCAUCUUGAAUAAAUUUUUGAUGAAAUAUCGUAAAGCAGAAAAGAAAUAGAUGGAUGAUAGUUGUAGCUUAGCUCCAUGUUGACGCUUGGGCUAACUUGUUAUAUAGACACUUGUUCACAACGCCCACAACUCUGUUAAUUUGGUUUCUAUUCUUGCUACUGAACACCGUUCUGGAGUCAACUGAGCCAAAUGACGGGCACCUUGUCGAAAUGUCUAGUCUGUCAUGGUAGUCAAAGAGUAGAUGGACAGUCAGAAAACGACAACCGCACUUGGAACAAAGGUAUUAUGUGAUUCUGUCUAGAAUCAGCCGUCAUAUUUUAGACAUCUUGGGGAGACAGUCUUGCCCACGCCUCCUCCCACUCAAGCGCAGCUUUCUACUGGUCAGCAUCGUGGCCAGUUGUGUCUAGGAUUGCGUGGUAGGAUAUAAUGCCGCCACUUUGAGCCUGCUGAUAAACUUUAAAUAGAAACAAAAUCUAUGGUGGCGAGGCAACAGUUAGUACAGAAUUAGAACACGGUGCAACCCUGAGCUCUUGUGCGAUGAGUGGUAGGAUGCAACCUUGACCAAGGCUCUGGGACUGGGGAUGACGUCUUGUAGAAUCAAAGAAGCAAAUGUAGCGGUGAUAAAUUUGAGUAGAAAAAGAAAAAAAGGCUUUGCAUAACUUAUUAAACAGUGAGCAGACCUACCUAACUUGUGUAGUAAGAGCGUUUGCUAGGCAGCCGUAUAGCACAGGACAUGGUGACUGCGAAUCAGGAGAUGUCGGCGGGUUAGGCAGCAAAAUAACACUGAAGAAGAAACAGAUUCCAAUGCCAUUAUUAAUUUUCAAGUUUUCUUUUGACAAGUCAAAGCAAACUUCUUCAUCUCAGUUUCUGCUCCCUCAGCCCAUCAAUCUUGUAGUUGGUGGACCGCUUUCCUUUCAGGUACCCGUUGCCGCCGAAACAACGUCAUACCCCGCUCUGCGUCCGCCCCUCCAACGGUGACGACGUCCCGCCAGAAAACAAAGGCACAGCUUUCGCUCAUACAAAAAUCACAUCUACAACAGACGCUUGCGAAUUGAGAUUUCUAAUCAAAAAUGUCGACUCCGUCAGUCACCCUGAAUCGGCUCUUUGCAGCUGCUCCUAUUUCCACCCGAGGACAGCCAACACAGCUCUCUACUGACAGCAAGGGCCAGCGCAUAGCUUACGCGGCUGGCAAAUCCAUUUUCGUCCGAUCCAUCGACAACCCCACCGAAUGCAAGGAAUACACUGGCCAUACCGCCCAGACAACGGUUACCAGGUUCGCUCCCAGCGGUUUCAAGAUUGCCAGUGGUGAUGCGUCCGGAACACUGAGAGUGUGGGAACCCGAAAACAUCGAAAAUGCUGGCAAGGAAUAUAAGAUUAUCGCAGGUCGUCUCAAUGACAUUGCAUGGGACGGUGAGUCCCAGCGUGUUAUUGCCGUUGGCGAUGGCCGUGAGCAGUACGGUCGAUGCAUCACAGCGGACAGCGGAAACUCUGUAGGAGAAAUUAUUGGCCACUCCAAGGCUGUCAAUGCAGUGGCAAUGAAGCCUCAGCGCCCUUUCAGAGCGGCCACUGUUGGCGACGAUGGCAACAUGGUCUUCUACCACGGCGCCCCCUACAAGUUUAAUGACAAGAGCUCGGAACACAAGGGCUUCGUCAUGGGCGCUGCCUAUUCACCUGACGGCGCAAUUCUGGUUACGGUUGGUGCUGAUAAGCGCAUUCAGCUGUAUGAUGGCAAGACGGGUGAAGCACAGAAGCAAAUUGGCGAGGGAGAGCACACAGGCUCCAUCUUCUCGGUAUCUUGGGCUGCUGACAGCAAGAAGUUUGCAACUGCCAGCGCUGACCAGACUGUAAAGCUCUGGGAUGCCGAUUCAGGCAAGCUAAUCCAGUCAUGGAAGUUUGGAGACGGUGUUGACGUCGGCCAGCAGCAAGUUGGCGUCGUCAUUCCCCAUGGCCGAACUGAUGGCCUCAUCAUUAGCCUGAAUCUUGAUGGUGAACUAAUCUACCUCAACGAGGGCAAAUCUGACCCAGUUCGUCUUGUCCAAGGUCAUAGCAACCCUAUUUCUUCACUGGUUGGAACUUCCGAUGGCAAAGGUGCUGGCGUCUGGACCGGCAGCUCUGAUGGCAAGUCAUACUACUGGGAUAUCAAGACCGGCCUUGCUUCAAGUGUAGAUGGACAGGGACAUACAAACCAAAUCGUACAGCUCACUACAUCGACAGGCAAGGUCGUUAGUGUCGGCUGGGAUGAUACGCUGAGAACAGUGGACGAAUCCGCAAAGACGUUCCUCGGUGAAUCAGCACAGCUUUCUUCGCAACCCAAGGGCGUUGCUGCCACUGGCACCAGUGUAUAUGUUGCUACUGGUAACAGCGUUGCCACCUACUCAGGCAGCAAAUUGGUCAAGGAAACAUUGGUCUCGUACUCCCCUGGCGCUAUUGCUGCUUCCGGAAGCUUUGUUGCCGUAGGUGCCGACCAAAACUCUGUUAAAAUCUACAAGACUGGUGCUACAGGCGAGCUCGAAGAGGUACAGUCGCUUAAGAACUCCACGGGCACCAUCUCUGCGCUCGCAUUCUCCCAUGACGGAGAUCACUUGGCUGCCGGUAACAGCGUUGGCAAGAUUUAUGUCUACAAGGUUGGCUCCUGGGAGGUAGUAGCUGAUCGCUGGUCCGCUCACACUGCACGUGUUACUUGCAUUUCUUGGGAUAGCAAAGGUCAAUAUGCUGCCAGUGGUAGCUUGGACACGAACGUCUUUGUUUGGUGCCUCGAGAAGAAGAACCAAGGCAAGCGUAUCAAGGCUGCAAAUGCUCACAAGGAUGGUGUUAACGGUAUUUCAUGGAUUGACGGAGCCACACUAGCUAGUGCAGGAGCCGAUGCCACCGUGAAGGUAUGGGAUGUUAAGGAUCUACCUUGAAACGUGAAACUAGUUGAAAAGAGGCACGGUUGCGUCAGUAUGAAAAAGCAAACAGAUUAUACAGUAAAAAUCGUCAAAUAUAUCGUAUUAUGUACAUAUCCGG